AUGAGUGUUUACUCAGUGUUCCCAAACCAAAACAUGGGUUCACUCAUGAGAGAGCUCCUUUUUAUCUGGACAAUUCUGACUUUCUUCUCAUCUAAAACAUCGGGUCUAACAUGCAGCAGUAUUUUGACAAACUGCUGUUCAGACUCCAACCAGUCCUGCUUCCAGGUCUCGCCUUACUCCAGCUCCAUGCUGGGAGGAAGAGCGCUUAGGAUCCUGGGUUUGACUCUUCCUCCUGAUGGGCGACUUCUCUGCAGAUUCAAGGGUGAAAUUGAACAACAGGGGAUUAUUGAUGAGGAAGGUCAUCCGUACUGCAUAUCUCCUCUGUUGUACGAGACGGGCUGGAUAUCGUUUGAUGUCUCGACAGAUGGUACAAAUUUCAACAGAUCUGGAAAGUAUCUGUCAGUCCAUCCCAGUAAAGCAGAUCCCUCAUUUGAAGUCACCCUUGUGAAUUCAACACUGUGGCAGAACUAUGGCACUCCGAACAUGGCCGGGCAGCUGAGGAUGACCUGGAACAUCUCUUUAAUCGAAUCCGAAACAGUCAAUGUAGAGCUGUGGGGUUACAGAGAGGUCAGCAGGAGCACUGCAGGGUCGUCCUCUCUGAAGGCAGAGAUUAGUUACCUCUACUCUCUCGGCAGGAAUAUUUCCAACACAGGUGACUUCAGCUUCUUUCCUCAACCCAGAGAAAAGUUUUCCAUGUGGGAAGUGGGGAAUAUUCGAAUCACUGCCAGUUCUACAUCAGAGGGAGAAAGGAAUGUCCAGUCCCUGUGGAGUGGAGGCCAUGUUCUGGCCUGGCACCUGGAGCAGUCCUUCAGAGACAAUUCGUCAGCCUGGGCUCACAGGAAGUGUCUGCAGUGGGACGACCAGGAGAGGAAGCUGCCUGACUUCCUGGACGAGCUCAUCGACUGUCCCUGUUCUCUGGCUCAGGCCCGCGCAGACACAGGAAGGUUUCAUACUGAUUACAGCUGUAACAUGGAGACAGGCAGUGUUUGUACGUACCACCCUGGUAGUGUCCACUGUGUCAGAGCCAUUCAGGCCAGUUCAAGUCACGGAUCAGGGCAGCAGUGUUGCUAUGACAACACAGGUGCUCUGGUCCUGACAGGGGACUCGGUUGGUGGCAGCACCCCGGACCGUGCUCAUGACCGGGGCUCACCGCCGUACCGGGAGCCCCCUCGGGUUCCUGGGUUCUCCCACUGGCUGUACGACGUGGCGAGCUUCUGCUACUGCUGCCUGUGGAGCGACCUCUGCCACGUCUACCUGAACCAUCGGCCUUCCAGCGGAUGUCGCAGAUACCAGCCACCCAAAGCAGGUGUUGUCUUUGGAAAUCUGCAUUUUAUAACGUUUGACAGCCUCAGUUACACCUUCAGCGGCAGAGGAGAAUAUUACCUGUUGCUGUCAACAGACAAAAACCUGAGUGUUCAGGCCAGGACAGAGCAACUGAAACUUAAGAAUGGGACCUUAGUCAAAGCUGCCCAGCUGUCAUCAGUGGCCAUGAAGGAGAACUCCUCUGACGUCAUCGAGGUACGAACUGCUGGCGACCAUCUUCAGGCGCUGAGGAACCAGAAGAUUUUGCCUUUUACUGAGCAAAGAUGGAUGGAUCUGCAAGGUGUUUUUGUAUUUGCUCCCAGUCCUCAGAAUGUGACAGUAAUUUUCUCCUCUGGUGCUGCUGUGGAGCUCCGUCUGCAUGAAGGCGCCAUGACGGCUACCGUCCUGCUUCCAGUGGAGUUUUCCAACCACAGCCUGGGUCUCCUCGGUCGGAUGAACUCUGAUCCAUCCGACGACUUAACGACCCGAUCUGGAGAGGUCAUACCAGCUAACGCCACGCAGGAGGAAAUCUUUACCUUUGGAGCUGGAUGGAACAUAUCAAACAUGUCUUCCCUUUUCACCUAUGACUCCCACUACCUUUUGGAUUCAUACUUUUUUCCAUUAAGCCACGACCCUGCUUUUGUUCCGGCCUUUUCUCUGCCUCUGAAACCUGAUGACCCCUUGGCAGCAGACAUGUUGUCGAUGUGUUUGGGAGAAGGGGCGCAGUUCUGUAUACAUGAUACCCUUAUCUCUCGGAGCCUGGCGGUGGGAAACGCCACACUCAGGGCCCAUCAACAUCAUCAGGCCUUAAUGGAAGCCCUGAAGCCAGUGGUGUCAUGUGGCUGGCUUCCCACACCCAGGAAUGGGAAGAAGAAUGGGACACAUUACCUGGAGGGGAAAACCCUGAGCUUCACCUGCAAUGAAGGCUACAUACUGUACAGGUCAACAGAGCGCACCUGUCUGCAGGAGGGGACAUGGACAGGGGAGCAGCCCUACUGUAUUACAGAUGAUAAAGUGGGGUUCUUUCUUGGGGCUUUUGGAUCCUUCUCAGCACUGGUCACCAUGGUAAUAAUAAUAAAACUACACAACAGAAAGCAAAGCAGAGAGAGAAAAGAGGAACCUCUGGAGAUGGUGACCCAAGCACAGACCUGAUUAACCUUCAAAGCCCUCUUGGAUUACGACGGAUCGUUCUGUUUUGAACUCAGCAUUUGGAACUAACAUGAAACUCAUUUGCCCAUUUGGAUGCUGUUGUUUUUUUGUUCUUUUGACCCGUUGAUGUUAUCAGAAAAGCCUGAGGCAUUAACUUUCAGGCAUGCUGCUCGUUUUCUCCCAUGUUUAGUCUGGAGAAACUCCAGGUUGUGGCAAAUGGUGCGUGGGGUGACAACUGUGGCAACCAAAGUGAGGAGAAAAACAACAAGAGAAAAAAAGUUUUCAUAUCACAGAUUUGCAUGGCCAAACGGUUGAUUUUGUCAAGAAAGAAAGUUGUAUAAAUACUACAAGGCGAUAUCAUCUUCACCAUCAACACUCCUUUCUCCCUGCUGGUUUAAAAUGGGACCAGAUGUGUUCUUGCUCAUGUCAACUGUGAAGCGAACCCGAUCGUUUUUCGGUUGAACAACUUUGAACUUGUACACAGGGUUUGUGUGGCCUCAAAUGCUUCAGUCAAAUGAAGAGUUUUGCUGAGUGACUGAGGGAGGGAGAGAAAAAAAAACUCCAGUGUUACAUAAAGGUCAGCCCUUUACACCGUAUCGACACUUUGUUUGUGAAUCUUUGUUCUGUUUCAUAUUUGCAUGAAGAUAAUGAUGGAGCGAAAGUUUCUAUAAACACUUGAAAACAGCAAGGCAAUAAAUAAUACUGUGUUUGACA